ACUAAAGCCUAAAGCACCUCAUCGGCCUCCAAACUUCCACCAUCGAACAGUCUUUUUCCUCCUCUCCGCCACAGAAGCAAUCGAGGAGGUACAACUUGGAGACGAAAUCUCCAGCCUCGCCCUCAUUCACGCACAGAGACUCAAUGAAUUACUGGCUCUGGCAGUUGUAAUCGUUGCUUCGGCAGCUAUAAUCGGUAGAUUAGGGGCUAUUGAUUCCAUCGUCGAUGAGUUUAAUUCGGUCGUUGCAGGAGGCGGAGAAGGCGGGGCGGUCAUAAGGUCUAGACUUCUGGAGUAUGUCAUGAGGAUGCUGUUGCAGAGAAUGAACCGAUGGGGACGCCUGUGAUGGCUCUAGCUUUGAGGUCGAUGGAUCAAGCAUCAUAUCCGGCCAUCUCUUAUUCGUUACUCAAUAACCGCCUUCCGCCUUCGUGUUCAUCAUCCGUUGAGUUGAUUGGUCACCUGUCACCCCUCUCUCCAGCAACAAGCAACCUGUAACCUGUAUCUACUAAUGAAGUCCAAAAUUGUUCAAAUGGUUUGGAUUCUCUUUCAUUAGUAAUUUUUACCAUGGCCGUCCUUUGAUAAGUUAUGCAUAGCUUCUUUGAUUUCAAAUCAAGUCUCACUAUAAGUUUACUAAGUUUCAAGCACAUAUUGAUUUGCUAAGACACUCACUUUGACUGCUCUUUAGCUCUACCUUUGAAGAUUAAAUUGAAAUUUGGAGGAAAUUUGGAGUAGGUUUUAACACCACCUUACUGAUCAAAUCAUUUUCAUUCUACUUUUUAUGAUGAUAUCUAAAUGUUACUGGAUAGCACCUCUAAGUACGCAUAUUUGUUCUUUUACAAUGUCGGGCUAUUCAUAAAUGGAAAACUGUUUGAAUCCUAAUAUAACGUUAUUCAAUCUUCUCAAUUGUAAUGGCAUUUUUGAAAGGAAUUCAAAAGGGUAAAUUAUUAAGUUCUUACUUAUGUUCAAAUUUUAUAACAGGUAUAAUAUCCCAAUAAAAGGACAUGGAUGAACUAAAUAUUUGAAUGAAGAGUGAGGUGGUCAUAAGGGCAGAGCACAUGAUUGUCUAUAUUAGUGUUGUUACUUAUAAUUACUACCAUUAAUUUGAUUUUGAUAUAAACAGAACGUGAACUAAUGGUGUGCUUGCACUUUCCUUGGCUUGACUUUGAAAACACCUAUUGAAAGCUAUUACCUGAUCCCCUGGGACUUGCACAUGUUAAAUUUAUUUUAAAACAAUUAAAAGCUCUUUUUGAUGAUUUUUUUUUAAAAAGUUGUUUUUGAUUGGGUGGAAGCACAAGCACAUAGCUCAGGUCAUACUGUUCCCUGUGUAGCAAUUGAUGAGGAGUAUGAUUAUGAGCAUUAUGGAUUAAAUAUUGCUUCGUAGCAGCAUCAUUUUCAGUUGCAAAUCCUGGACAGGUAUUGUUAAAGGUAAAGGGAAAUUUUGGGCAGGGUUAGACCUUGUCAUUAUACAAUAUAUGUAUAUAUUAUAGAUAUUAUAGACUUCAGAUUGUGUUAGUAAUUGCUUCAUUUUCGGUUGUAAACUUUGGGUCUAAUUGUUACUGAAAAGUGUGAGAUUGUGUUGUGACAUCUCUUUUUUGUAUUUCGUUCUUUUUUAAGUUGAUGGUUUUGCUCUUGGCCAACAGAACAGGGGAAAUCCUUAUAAUUGAAUUUCUUUGAAAAGGUGGAGGUUACCUUUGUGUAAGAUCACAUGGCUACAUCUGAAAAUUGCUAUUAUCACCUAUCAUUGGAUUGCUUUCAAUUCUUUCCGGUAAUAAUGUCUAUUGACUUGCUGAUCUUAACACUAUGGAAGUUAUACCCCCUCUGUGCCAUUUAAAAUGGCAAAAACUUCUUCAGUGAAAAAAGGAAACUAAUAAGCACUUUUCGCGGGUCGUGGUGAUUGUGUUCUUACUUUGUUUCAAUUGCUUACUUUGUAUAUUUCCUACUGUAUGUUUCCUAAACAUAUAUUUCCUACUGUCAUAAUGAUGUAUUACAAAUGAUUAGUGUGCCACAAGUGCUUAGUUUGUUGCCAUAUGUGUCAAUUAAUUAUAUUCUCAUUGCAGACGUAUAAAAGAGAAAUAAGCACAUGAAGGUGAUAAUAAGAUUGAGAAGAUCAAUGAUGGAAAUAGAACCAAGUCUCAACAACUAUGUGUUAAGAUGCAUAGAAAGAGGAAGAUGUGAUAAGAAGCAGAGCUAAACAAUAUAAUGGUUGGAUGUAAUAAGUAGAAUUAUAUAUUCAUUGUGAAAGUUUAUAUGUUAUUUUUGUUUCUUUUUGUUGUAUUAUAUGUGUUGUAUUUUGUUGCAGCUUGUUGCAUUUUGUUGCA